GAGGAGGCUGCUUGACACAGGAGACAGCAGACAAAAGAAGGCGGAACUACGUGGCUUCCAUUCAAAAAAAACAACAACCCCGAAACCCGGGGGGAGCCGCGUCCCUCCAGCACCAGGAGCUGCGCGGGGGCCCGCGGGGCAGCACGCACCGGGCGGCGCGCGGCUGCGGGCCAUGGAGCUGCCCUGCCGCCCGCUCGGGCUGAGGAAGCGCGGAGCCGCCGCCCGGCCAUGAGGGGCACGGCCGGCUGGGCGCGGGGGUGGCGGAGGCGCAGCCUCCUGCUGCUCGCCUCCUGGGCCGCCGGCUGGCUGCUGCUCGGCACGCUGCUCUUCCUCGGCCACCCCAGCGUCUUCUCCGAGCGCUGCACGGACGAGCGGAGCCGGCGGAUCCUGGCCAGGCUGUGUCUUGACUACAGCAAAGGAGCCUUGACUGGUGACCUGUGUGAAGACUUGUGUAUAGCACAGAAGCUGGUGUACAAACACUGUCUUUAUUAUGACAGAGGUAAGAAAGUGAUCCAAGCUGAGUGGAGAGGCCAGCCAGUCAUCCUAAAAUCCAAAAAGGAAAUUUUUUCCAGUUAUCAGCGCCUCAGUUUGCUAGAGGAAAUGGAAGCACAGGAUGUCCCUGAAGCAGAGCUUUUGCUCGUGGUUGCCUUGGAGGUCAAAAGUGUCUUGGGUCUGGAAUUUUCCAACAGCAGCAUAGGACCUUUGUGGACUAGAAGGAGAGGGCUUCAUUGGAAAGCACAAGUGGCCAGCAUGUGGUCCUUGCUUCAGCAGGAAGAAUAUAUCUAUUUCAGUCUACUACAAGACUUCAGCAAACAUGUCCUACGGGUCCUUGGCUCCUGUGGCCAUUUCUAUGCAGUGGAGUAUCUCACUGCUGGACAUGCCUGGCACAAAACACUUUUCCCUCUGGAGGAUGCAGUUGGCCCCUCCUUCAGUGGCACUAAAAGCAAAGUGAAAGCAAUCAUUGACAUUGCACUCAGUUUCCUGGAUAUGGUUCAUCAUUUUGAUAAUGACUUUUCUCACCGGCUUCACCUGUGUGAUAUCAAACCAGAAAACUUUGCUAUCAGAAACGAUCUCACGGUAGUUGCAAUUGAUGUGGAUAUGGCCUUUUUUGAACCUAAAAUGAGGGACAUCCUUGAACAGAACUGCACAGGAGAUGAAGACUGUAAUUUUUUUGAUUGCUUUUCAAAGUGUGACUUGAAAAUCAGAAAGUGUGGAGCACAGAGGGCCAACAACAACCUGCAGGUCAUUUGUGACAAAAUAUUCCGUCACUGGUUUUCUUCAAAUCUCAGGGGACCCGCAGUUCCCUUCCCCUUCCAGUCGCGGUUGCAGAAGGCUGUGCACAGGUGUGCUGAACCAGGGUCUAAGGAUUUUACUUCAUACCAGAGAACUUCUCUGAACUCCCUCUCUGAGUUGUACCAACUACUCCGAGCCAGUCAAAAAGAACUGCAAAUGGCGGAUGGGUAGCCCCACCACAAGCAUAGUAAACAGAGUCUGUAUGAAAAAUGGCCUGCAUUUUCUCUCUCUCCCCCACCUUCUCUAACCCUUUGUAUUAAUUUUUACAGAAUAUAGAUUGGUCUUCUGCUAUGCAAAUGAAAGUCACAAUUGAAGAUGCAGCAAAUACUAUGAAUACCCUUUGGAGUGUGAAAUUGUUUUACGUUACAUGGCAAUGUACAGUAUAGAUGGACUCUAUUCUCAUUUGUUUUUCUGAGUGCAUACUGGUUCAGCCCAUUGACAUUCUGCGCUGUUGUUUGCACAAGGAAUUGUAACUCCUGCUCAAAUAACAUCUGUCUGAAUGCUGGGCCAAGAGUGAUAAUACAUUUAGACACAGAUGCUGCUUUGAAGGUGAGAAGUGUAAUUGCUUAGCAGAACUAAAAUUAAUAAGUUAAAAUAGGUGCACAAGGUUUCUCUUUUUUUUCACCCCAGAACCAGGUUCUGAAAAACAGUUUAGUGCAGAGUACUCCCUACCAACAGGCAGCCUCUACCAGGAGGAAAAUGGAUUGGCACAGCAGCAAAGGGCUGCUUUGAUACAAAUUUUUUAUUCUGAUUCUGAUAUUCUCUAAAACAUAGUUUCUUUGUAUCUGAUGAGUUGACAGUCCAGGAAGAUAUUAUAGCAUGAUAAGCAGCAUAAUUGUAAUUGCAUACCGCUGCUAGAAUUAUAUAUGGGAUAAACCCCCUACUGGGCAAACACUUAUUCUGCAAUGUGGUCUUACAAUGGCAUAGCUAUAUUUGUAUAAUUAUGUUGGUGAACUUCACAUAUAGACAAGCCCUUGGAUACCUCUGUAAGAAGGUACUUUACUGGGAGACUGUAGCUUACCAUCACCUGGAAUAUGAGGCCAAUCACUCUCAGUCCCUUCCCCAUAAGCGGGAAGGAUCAGGGAGUACUGCUGGCACCUUCACUCUACAUCAUUAGUGCUCAACCUUUUGGCCCCACAGGUCAGGUGAAUGGUGCAAAGCCCAGCUGCAGGCUGGAUUGGGCUGUCUGUAGGGGCUGGACUGGCAGGCUGGAUUGGUCCCAGGGGCUGGCACCUCCCUUCCCUCCCCCUUGUGUGUUGGGAUUGGGGGCAAAAUUGAGGCCUGGGGCUCUCCACAGGUCUGGACAUUUUGCAGCAGGGGAGCAGCGCCACCACUUUCUCACUGCCAAAUUUUAGGACCAUGGGGAGUUUUGCAGGCUGGAUGACACAGUGCUACAGGCUAGAUCUGGCCCAUGGACUGGAGACUGAGCACCCCCACUCUACACAAAACCCUGCCAUAGCCCAGGUUUUGAUUUUUGGUGAUUUUAGCCUGUUUUGUUUUGUUUUUUUAAUGAAUUUUGCAUGAAAAUUUGUCAUCUGCAUUCAGUAAGACCAGUGACAUGAAUAAGGAUUGCUGGAUCAGGGCAUCUUCAACUCUCUAACUGUGGCUAACAGGUGAAAACAGAUGGGUGAAAACAGUUACAGUUUUGUUUGGAUCUUUGUUCAUAUUGUGCCUGUUUGCCACUGCUGCCAAGUUCAGGUACUGGGAAAACAAAGCACGGACCUUUGGCAACACAGCGUUUAUCAGAUAUAAGUUCUUCAGAUGGGCAAUGCUGGGUUGGGAGGAGGGAGGGCAUAAUACAGCACCUAGUCUUCAUUUGUUGUCUUCAAUUUGCCUUUCAAGCAUUAGGCUAUGCAACAACAUUAAGGCAUCCAAGCAGUGCUUUUACCUGUGGGCUUUAUCUAAACUAAGAUAAGAAUGUAUGAUUUUAAAACACAUGAUUUUAAACCACUGCUAAGCAUGUAAAAAUGUGCUAGCUAGUUGGGAGUAUUCUAGGAACAACCAAGACUAGGUAAACAUUAGGCUAAGUGGUAUUCUUUUUCCUAGACAAGAAAAGCACAAAGAAAGAAUGAAAUCAAAUUACUUGUCGAGGGUCAUACAGGAAACCAAGUGCCCAAGCUAGGAUUAGAACUACAAGAGAUGCUUUACUGCAAAAUAGCAUAGUUUACUAAACAGUAAGCACAUGUACGUGCUUACUGCACAGCAAACCUCGCUAAUCAUGAAUAAAUUUGCUACCUGCAAAUGCAAGUAGCAAAUUUUCUCAUGAUUAGUAACAGCUCAGUAGUGCUCAUGUAGAUGCUUGACCAGGAGCAAAUCUGCUCCUGGCCAUCCAUCCACUGGGGGGUGGGAGAUGGCUCCCUGCCCCCAAGAGCUGCCUGCUGCUGGGGCGGGCUGCACCAUCAGAGCCCAAGCGGGUACUAUGUCCCCCUGCCCCAGCAGCAGGGAGCUCCAAGCCUUGCACUCCAAGAUCGCAAUCGGGUUGUGGGGUCUGAGAGAUCAUUAUCUUCCAGCCCCCACCUUGCCAUCAUAACCAGGGGACAGGAGGCUGGGAGAUCCUUAUCUCCCAGCCUAAGCUCUGCAUAAGGAUCUCCCAGUGCCAGCCCCGCUGUCUCCUGUGACUGCAGAGCUGGCUCUGGGAGCUCCCUGCUGGCAGGGCCUGGAGAGCCUGCUCUCUGCCCAGCUCCAUGCUCACUGAGCUAAGCAGAAACAGGCCCCCCAGCCUCUGUCUCACAGUCAUGCAGCAGGGGCUGGGAACUGUCCUGGUCAGAAGCAGGUCCCAGCCCCAUGCCCCAAUCAGGUGGUUGAGGCACAGGGCUUGGAAAGAACUGCAGGGGUGGGAUAGGUCCCAGCUCCCUGCUCCAAUGUGUUGGUGGGGCAGCUAGCAGCGAGAUAUCUGCUAGCUGCCCCACCGGUGGAUCAGGGAAGGCAGCUGGGACCUAUCCCUCCCCUGCAACUCUUUCCAAUUCCCCUGCCCCUGAUCAGGAAGCCAGGGCCAGGAGCUCUUGGCUGCUGGGUCAGGGAGACAUUGUCCUCACUCUGGUAGCAAGCAGCCCCUGGGGGCAGGAUGUAAUGUCCCAGCCCCAUCCAGGAAACAGCUGUCUCCUGGCCCUGUGCUCCCUGCCAGCCCCUGGGCUAGCAGCCAAGGGGAGCCUAGAGCUCCUCCUGCUGGCAGCAGGGGCCAUUGCAGGGCCCCAGGAAGUGGAAGCUGUUUGCUGCCAUUAUCAUCAAAUCUGCUCCCACUUCCCUGCAUGUGCAGAUGCCUGCCUGUGAGCACUUGCUCAUGAGUAGUUUACUCACAAGUAAACUGAUCCUGGAUCAAAUAAAUGUGUAGAAGGGCCCCAGGAGUACCUAGUGGUUGGUAAAGUGCCCUAUUUAUUAGAUAAGAUGCACAGACUGGACACAGACAACAGUGUAUUAUGAUCUUCUUCUAAAGUAGAAAACAAACCCCCAAAAUCCAAACCUCAUUACCAAGGUGUCACUUAAAAAGUUAGUGAAACUCAUGGAAGAGAGACACUGUAGAGUUAGUCUGCAGUCACUGAACUGAAUCAAAAGCCUACAAGAUUACAUGAAAAGUUUUAUGCAAAAGGGGACCUGAGCCAUGUCCCCACAUGCAGGUGUGUGGUUUGUGGUGCCACAAGCCUCUUUGUGGUGCCACAAACUGCACGUGUGGAAUGUUAAAACAGCGUGGGGGCAAAAUUUGCAAUGAGGAUUUCCCAGUAGCAAAAGCAAAAACUCCAGAAAAAAAAAGCAGCGUGGCAUACGCUACAAUAGCGUGCACCAGAACCAGUGGAGGCUAGGUCCUUCAGGAGGGUGCUGCUCUGGCUGCCGGCUAGAAUGUCUCCACUCCUCCAUUUGUGCCGCAGCUGCUUCAGUGCUCUGGGAGCUGGGUGGAGCUGGGCAAGGGCAGUUUGCCCAAAGCGGGACACAGUGUUCUAUAACAAAGUACCUGUGCAGGGGCAUGCAAUGCAGCACAAAGUAGUGGCACAGAUGUGUGCCACUGCAGGUGCAUGCCUCUGCACAUCUGGAUGUGGCCAUACAGUACCAUAAAUGGAUACAAGGGGCAAAAGAAAAGGGAAAAAAUAGGCAAAAUGGGCUCAACUACUGAACAGCUCUGGGUAUUGCCCUUGAAUAACCUAGUCAAGGUAAGAUAAAAACUUUCCUUCUUGACUCACCUAUAGCUCAGAUCAAAUGGUAAAAGUCUGUGGGAUUUCCUGAAGCAAGAAGAUGCAGAGCUCUGUUAACCAGGCUGAACAUAUAUGUGCAUAGACUGAGUUAUAGGUGUUAAGUUAGAUGUAGCUUUUUAAAAAGAAAACACUAACAAGUGUGUGUGUUCAAUAAAGAGAAGUAAUGACAGAUUUAGAAAGGUCAUUAGUAGCUCUCUGUGCAUACCCUACAUACAUAUACUACAGGAGAACCCAAGUAUAGCUUAGAUCAUCUGGCAGCCAGUCUGUGGGGCCAUCACCAUUUGUUUCUUCCUUUUGGGGCCCAGAAAACACCACAGGGAAUCAACAGCAACUCUUUAAAUAUACUCUUCAUACUUUGUGCUAAUAUUGCACUGCACCAUUUUCCUAGCCUUUGGUUUGCAUUUUGUGCACUUGAGUGAAACAUCUGUUGACAUGGUUGUUUAAAUCUUAAACUACAAGGGGAUAAAAAGUCAUCAUAAAACAAAACAUGGUAACAAGAUCUUGAAUAAACUGUCGUACCUUC